UUUUUUUUUUUCUUAUCAUCUUUUAUAUAUAUAUCUCUAUCUACGUAUCGAUCAUGCUUUUACGUACCACUCAACGACUUGGAUCUAUUGCCAACCAAGGUAUGACAAGAUACACUAUGAAUGUGACGCGAACAUUAGAUUCAUCAAGUAGAAAGUCAACAGUAUUAUCACGAUCAUUCCUGCAAUCACAACAUCGUAUGGGAUAUGCUUCGUCAGCUGCCAAUAGAAGAACACCAACCCGUACUAUUCGUAUUCCACCUGUACCGUUAGCAUUGAUUGGACUUGGCUUGGCAUGUCUUGGAGUUGGACUGUACGAACAUUUCACAUCAGAUGUUCAAAAAUACCCUACACCUGUUCGCACCGCGCUUCGUAAAGCAUUGUACUAUGAACGCAAGGAUCCCAUGUUGGCUUUACCUUAUUUCCAACAAGCAUUUGAAGAGGCAUUAAAACCUGACAGUGGAUUGGCAUUGGAUGGUGCACCUUUGACUGGGAUUUUGAUUCAAUGGGGCACUUUGUUGGAGCGACUUGGAAGGUUAUCUGAAGCUCGACAGACAUUGAUCAUGGCUCUACGACAUUUACUAGGUAUGGAGAAUGUAUCAUCAUCAAACACGACAAGUUCGCAAUCAUCAUCAUCAGAGGCAGCAACGGAGACAACAACAAUGAAACUUCCAGAUCAUGCUAUAUUCACCUUGGAUUGGACUCGUUUACCAGUAAUGGAACAGAAAAAGAUAGUGGGAUUAUGUUUGAAAUUAGGUGAUGUGAAUGCAACACUUCAUCGUGAUGAUGAGGCAGAAAAAUGCUAUGUGGCGGCUGUAGAACAUUUAUUGGCAAGUUCAUCAACACCAUCUUCUGAAAACACAUAUGGUGAUAAGACUCAUCAAGAUCAACAUACUCGUCUAUUUGAUCAAGAACAUUUGCCCGAUUGGUUGACUUCUACUGAUGUAGGUGUGGCCUUGGCUACUCUAGGACAAUUUUAUGCAUCAAGAAAGAAAUACAGUUAUGCAAUUCAUCUCUAUCUUCGUGCAUUAUCAUUAGGUGGAAUGGAUAAUUGUGAAUCUACGGUACUGAUGAACAAUCUUGCGGAAUCUUAUGUAGCUCUCAAUGAAUUCAAGGAAGCCAAGAUCUGGGCAGAAAAAGGGAUUGCAUUGGCUCAAAAUCCAAAUACUGGCAAAGUAAACAAGGAUCAAUCUAUCUGUGAUGAAUCUUGUGGUAUAUUGCUUUUUAAUCUAGGCAUGAUCUUCGAGCAAAUGCAAGAUCGUGAAAAGGCAAUUCAAAUGUAUCAACAAUCUAUUCAACAUGCUCGACAAUACGAACAAAUGACCUGUGUCCAAGAAGCAUUGAAAGCAAGAAAACGUGUGGAAUAUGAGUUGGCUCGGGAACAACAAGCAAAAAUCGCCUAGACUUAGAUUUAGAUUUUAAAAAAAAAUGUACAGUAUAUUUAGAUUUAGUUAUCAUGUUUCUAGAAAAUCAUAUCCUUGCUUUCAAUAAAAUGAUGGCGUACUUCGAAAAAAAC